CUCUCUCUCUCUCUUUCUCUCUCCUUUCUUUCUUUUUGCUCUCUUUGUCUCUUUCUCUCUGUCUUACGUUACCCGGCACCGUGGUGAAAUGCGCGUGACCGGUCGCGCCUCGGAACGACGGCGACGACGUGUCUGGCGUCGUUGGUGGUGCACGUUCCCCUGACGAGCACGAGAGACGCGCGACGGCGACUCGGCACAUCCCCCGCAGCUCUCGCUACUAUGAUAAUAACGAGAGGCACGGUGACGGCGGCGGCGGCGACGACGAUCACGACAACAACGACGACGACGACGACGACGAAGGCGGCGGCGGUGGCACGGUGGCCGAUUCCUCUGAAGCGAGAAACGCUCGGUCGAGCUUACCACAACGUCGGUGGCAAACGGCGAUCAACGACGGAUCUAUCUAGCGACGCUGUCUCGGCGAUGUUGUCUCGCGAUUACGGUCGUCGCGCGGAACACGGGAACAACAGCAGCAGCAGCAGCAGCAGCAGCAACAACAGCAACACCAUCGAAUCGCAGUGGAUCAGCGACAGUUGCACAGCAAUCGUAUCAGUGCUGCAGUACUACUAUUAUUGCCAGCGUAUCGUUAUCAUUAGCAUCGUAGCCUCGUUGCUCGCGUACGACGACGUCCACGAGAACAAUUCGACAACGGCACGAGACCCGGGGCAGCAGCGGGACGACGCAGCAACGGACGUGGACAGCGGUGAGGUAGCGAGCAUUCGAGGCGAUCUUCGUCCUCUCAACCGUCGGGACGGACUACUACUACGUUGUUGCGCGUGACCAAGAGCCUCGCUAUCACUAGUCGCUGGAAUCGCGUGGAUAAGCGCGACGGUGCUAGGUAUACAGAGAGUGCGAUAUGACGAUUAACGUGGCGGCGUGCGAACGAUAAUCCGCGGGCGGGCUUCUCGCGAAUCUCUACGCGAAUAACGACCGAUUGCGAGUCAAUCGGUCCGUUAAUAACGCGUACGACAGUCAUCCUCCGCGCCGAUCGAUCGUCAUCGCGCGCCGGUAUACCAGAGGGAAAACAGUAUUACAGGAGAGCACAUAGAAACUCGUGUCACGUACGGUCAUCGGCCAGUGUACACACCGGGCGGGAGAGGGUGGGAGGGAGUGGACCAGGGUAGGAGCGACGAGGAGGGAAACGGAGAAGGAGCCAGGUAUCGCCGUCGAUCCCAGAUAAGCCGUGUAUCGCGAUAAGGUACGGAUGGACGCUUCGCCGUGGUCGCGGCGGCCAACCUGUGACUGACUGUAAACAGGAUUUCUACUGGGAAGAAGAGGAAAAAAAGAAGAAGAAGAAGAAGAAGAAGAUAAAGAAGACAAAUUCGUAUUCGGAGCGCUCGUUGAUUUUAUCGCGAGCUUUCGCUUCAGCGUGUACGUCGCGAUCAUACACGCGUAUUUCACACACACACACACACACACACACACACACACACAC